AUGGCGGAUGUUGGCGGUGGCUCCGCCGUUGGCCGGAGAAUAUGCCAUAUCCCGGAGAAAUUCCAGCUUCACUUGGCCAUGUUGGCCCUCCAAUUCGGCUACGCCGGCUUUCACGUCGUGUCGAGGGCCGCCCUUAAUAUGGGCAUCAGCAAGAUUGUGUUCCCUGUUUAUAGGAACAUUUUGGCCUUCCUUUUGCUCUUGCCAUUUGCCUACUUUCUUGAGAAGAAAGAGAGGCCGCCUAUAAGUUGGAGCCUUGCCAUCCAUUUUUUCCUCCUUGCCAUUGUGGGGAUCACUGCAAAUCAAGGAUUCUACUUGUUGGGACUGGACAACACAUCCCCAACAUUUGCUUCGGCAAUUCAAAAUUCAGUGCCGGCCAUCACCUUCCUCAUGGCCGCCAUACUCAGGAUCGAGAAAGUGAGGCUUGACAGAAAGGAUGGCAUCUCGAAGGUGGCCGGCACGCUCCUGUGCGUGGCAGGCGCGUCCGUCAUCACCCUCUACAAGGGCCCCACCAUCUACAGCCCUUCCCCCCGCCUCCAGCUGGCCGCCGCCCUCCAGUUGCCGCCACCAACCCUGGCGGCGGCCGCCUCCGGCAAGAGCUGGACCCUUGGCUGCAUAUUUCUCAUCGGCCACUGUCUGUCGUGGUCCGGCUGGCUCGUGCUCCAGGCACCCGUACUCAAGAAGUACCCAGCCCGACUCUCCUUCACCUCAUACCAGUGCUUCUUUGGGAUCGUGCAGUUCCUCGUCAUCGCGACAUUUGUCGAGCGGGACCCACAGGCCUGGCUCGUCCACUCCGGAGCCGAGCUGUUUAGCGUCUUCUACGCCGGAGUGGUGGCGUCGGGGAUAGCGUUUGCCGUACAGAUAUGGUGCAUAGACAGGGGCGGCCCCGUCUUUGUCGCCGUCUACCAACCCGUCCAGACCCUCGUCGUUGCCGUCAUGACAUCCGUCAUCCUCGGCGAAGAAUUCUACUUGGGAGGGAUCAUCGGUGCAGUGCUGAUCAUUACCGGGUUGUACUUUGUGCUUUGGGGAAAGAACGAGGAGAGGAAGUUCGCGCUCAAGGCAGCGAUCCAGUGUCCCGUGGACCAGGGCACCAGCAGGCCCACCACCCACAUCAGGUCCUCCAUCACUCAGCCACUCCUUGGUCAGUCAACGGAGAAUGCUUGA